AGACAUUUCACGACUUUUACGACCGACAGCUCAUACUCUUGUACGAAAAAGCAUCGUAUCACGCACCAACAAUCUAGUCAACAGACAUCUCUGUUCACCGCAUAGCUAUAGGACACAGCACCCGACAUCAAGCAUAUAGAAAUCGUAGUCGCCCUGCUUCAUCGGCAGGACGAUGCAUAAAGCCCUUCCGAUGCAUAGGAUCCCGUCGCACGAUCCGUCGCCUUAUCAAAUCCAGUACGAACCCCCCCAGCAUCAACGACACCAGCAUGUUCGACCUCGCCAUCAACAUCAACCGCAGCCCCAUGAGACCCGGCCGGUGGUCACCUCCCGUACCAAAUCCGGCUCGCUCUUACGCAGAGGAAAGACCCUCACACGACCCGAACGCGCUGUAGCGCCCGUACCGCUGAUCAACCCUCGUAUGAGUACACCGGGGUUGACCGGCUCUCCCGUUGCUGGAGGGCAACUCGGGUCACGAGGAGGGUCUAGCGGGGGGAACGUCGCUAUAGCCGGAGUAUCCACCUUUGGAGCCGGUCCUAACGGGCCCGGAGACGAUAGAAGGGGGAUCAAUUGGUGGAAAGUCUCCUCGGUAUUCUUCACCUGGUGGAUACCCGACGUAUUUCUCAGAAGGGGUAUGAAGCUGGAUUCCGAUGCUACUCGGCAGGCGUGGAGGGAAAAGGUGGCGUUCUGUUGGAUCGCGGUGCUUUUAGGGGCGUUGGUAGGGUUUAUCACGAUGGGGUUGCAGAGGACUUUGUGCCCGGAGGAAGCGGCGAAUUCGAGUAAGCGGUUGAGUCGGGUGGGCAAGACGGAUAUGACGCUCGGGAUCUCGGGCUGGGAAUUCAACGUAUCUUCUUCACGUCCCACCGCAUCCGUCGAUUUCUACGCACUCGCCAAACAACUUUCCGGACAAGAUAUUUCCAACCUCUUCACGCGACCUGCUUCUUCCUUUCCCUCAUGUUCCGGCCUCACCGCAGCUUAUGCGACGAUGGACCCGUGUAGUACCGCUCCUGCCGGCUCGAAGACUCCCGCUUCAAAGUGCCCUUUACCCGAACCGAACAACUCUACCUUCAAUACCCUGAGUAUCCAGAACACCUCACUGGAAAUCGGUUACGAUUGGGACGAAGUCAACUCGCUCCUCGGGUACAUGGUCGUCAACGGACAAGUGCUCAACAUGGGACCGUACCUCAAGCUCUUUCCUUCGGCCAUACCCGAUGAUCCUGUCGAUGCCAUCAUCAGGAAUGUCGCGGGGAGUAAUUCGACGUUGGGAAAGGACGCUACCAAGUUGUUCUGGAAUACCCAAAAGACGGUCGGGUCGGUCAAGUGUUUGACGGAACGGUAUGCCGCUGGGACGCUCGACAAGAUGACACCGGGCUGCUUCUUCGCGGCGAUCUUGCUCUACGUGACCUUGAUCGUGAUCAUGGCCAUCAUCCUGAUCAGGUUCGGCAUGGCAUGCUUCUUCGCCUGGUUCCUCGCUCCGAGGAUGAGCGCCCCGGCUCCCAAGUCGUCUCAGUCGGUGAUCAGCCCGUCGGUCUUGCCAGCGGGAGCAAAUCGGACGGUUCACGAUACCAACGGGAUGGCCCCGUGGGCCGGGGGACGGAACGACCCCACACGGAAGGGCGUCCUCACGAAGCAGAGGAGCCAGAACGGACGGUUUGAAGAGACCAAGGACGAGAUCGAUGCGCUCGACAUGGUCAAUACCGCUCCGGCGCCCAUGAUCCCCUUGUCGGCGAUCGGACCCGAGCUGUAUACCCUGUGUCUGGUCACGUGCUAUAGCGAGGGAGACGAUUCGAUAAGAGGGACACUGGAUUCGAUCAGUAAUACCGAUUUCCCGGAUAGCAGAAAGUUGUUGUUCGUCGUCUGCGAUGGGAUGAUCACGGGGAGUGGGGAGAAGCAGAGCACGCCGGAUAUUUGUAUCGGGAUGUUAGAGGCUGAUCCGAGGUUUGGAACUCCUGAGGGAAUGGGGUAUAUCGCUGUCGGCGUCGGCGCGAAGCGGGAGAACCAGGCCAAGGUGUAUGCGGGACAUUAUAAGUCCACGAAAGGAAGGCGAACGCCCAUGCUGAUCGUCGUCAAGACCGGACACCCGCGAGAAGCUGGAGAAAGGAAACCUGGGAAUCGAGGCAAACGGGAUUCUCAGAUGAUCCUGAUGAACUUUAUCUCUCGGGUCAACUACAAUGAUCCGUUCAGUCCGCUGGAUUAUGACAUGUUCAGGAAAAUCCAGGUUCUUUGUGGGGUCACGGCAGAUUAUUUCGAGCUAUGUCUGAUGGUCGAUGCGGACACCCGAGUAUACCCAUCGUCACUCAGAAUCCUUGUUAAUUGCAUGUACAAGGAUCCCGAAAUCAUGGGUCUCUGUGGCGAGACGACUAUAGCGAACAAGAAGGCCUCCUGGGUCACGAUGAUUCAGGUCUUUGAAUACUUCAUUUCCCAUCAUCAGGCCAAAGCUUUCGAGUCGAGUAUCCAUACCGUCUCCUGUCUGCCCGGUUGCUUCAGUAUCUAUCGACUAAAAGUCCGAAAGACAGAAGGAGACGAUUGGGUGCCUAUUCUGGCCCAGCCGUCUGUAUGCCAAGAGUAUAGUCAGAGCAAUCCAGCCAGCUUGCAUGAGAAAUCCUUGCUGGAACUUGGCGAGGACCGUUUCCUGAGCACCCUGAUGAUUCGAAACUUUCCUCGACGGAAAAUGAUGUUUUGCAGCGCGGCCAAAUGCAAAACGCUGGUCCCGGACACCUUUUCCGUUUUGCUGUCUCAACGUAGACGGUGGAUCUGCUCCUCGAUCCAUAAUCUGAUAGAGCUACUGCAAGUGCCCAACCUGUGCGGAGUCUUUUGCUGUUCGAUGUCCUUCAUCGUUCUGCUAGAGCUCUUUGGAACGAUCGUCCUACCGGUCGCGGUAUGCCUGACGUACGCCCUGAUCAUCAAUACCGCCUUGCAACCUCCUACAAAUUUCCAAGAGGCCAUCCCUGUCAUCUUGCUAGUCGGAGUGCUCGGACUGCCGGCCAUCCUCGUCCUCAUCACGACGCGCAGGGUCGUCUAUGUCGGAUGGAUGGUCAUCUAUCUCUUGAGCUUGCCCAUCUGGAACUUUGUCUUGCCCGCUUACAGCUUUAUCAAGAUGGACGACCUGAGCUGGGGAGCCACACGACAAGUUGCAGGCAAGGCUGGCGCUCCCGUGCGGGAAGACAAGACUGCCAUAUUCGAUGGGACCAGCAUUCCUCUGCGCAAAUGGAGUGACUGGGAACGAUCGAGGUUACGAAAACUCCGGCGAGUCGCUAAACGCCGUGAGAGAGCAGAAGAGCUCGAACGUCGACACCGUGAACAGUUUAACGGACCACCAGGGUCCCGCAACAUGUUGUUCGUCGAUCGGGACGACCGAUCAGAAACAUCGAGUCUUUCGGACGACGUAUGGGGGUCAGAUGUCGGAGGAUACGACGAGACGGCCCCCCAAUAUCUCCCACCACCCAAGGUCAUGCUGGCUCAUGAGAUCCCGGCGACUCCGGGCGAAACUAUGGGUUUGAACGAAAUGCAAGCCAUGCUGGAACAGGGCUUUGACGAUAUAUCUUCUAGCAAACACAAAUCUUCACGACGACACGAUACACCGCCACGCCAAUACCCCCAACAGACCCGAUAUAACGGCUACCCGCCGGUUCCUACCCAAAAUCCGCCAGUCUCGGACUGGCAAGGCGCCUCUUCCGCCGUCGAGACGAGACACUACCCGGGCCACACGAAGAAACGCUCCGCGGGAGGUUCGUCAGGACCCGUCAAACCUGGAGCCAUCUUCAGGCCAUGAGACUUGUCGCCGACCGAAUUCAAAUCCUUGUAAUGACGCAU